AUGGCGCAAUCCCCACCCUCAACCGAAGAACCGAACAGAAACGGGGAGAAGACAUCGCCCGCGGAGCUGAACGGUGUCCCGGAAGUGUACACUAUAUCGAAGCUUCGCCAAGCACUGCCACAAUGUUCCGCAGUUUCGGCGAAGAAUCUUCUGAUGCUCACAUUCGGAUCCACCCUUGGGUUCUCCACGAUUCUGAUCCCAGAAUUGAAGAAAGAGGACUCGGAAAUCCCAGUUACCCUAGAUGAACUGACGUGGAUCAGUAGCUUGAAUCUGUUCCUAGUGCCCAUUGGUUGCUUCGUUAGCGGGCCAGUCUCGCAGUACCUGGGCCGAAAGAGGACCAUGUUGCUAAUCAACAUCCCAUUCAUAAUAGCGUGGCUCAUCUUCUAUUACGCCACCACCGCUGGGAUGUUGUUCAUCGCGUUGGCCCUGACGGGAUUGACCGGCGGCCUCUUGGAGGCACCUGUGAUGACCUAUGUAGCGGAGGUUACCCAGCCUCAUCUACGUGGCAUGUUGUCCGCCACAUCAAGCAUGUCCGUAAUCUUGGGCAUCUUCACACAGAUGUUAAGCGGAAAAUUGACCAACUGGAGGACCGUGGCCCUGAUCAACUUGACCUAUCCUGUUAUCUGCCUGAUUGCCCUUUGCCUGGUCCCUGAGAGCCCACAUUGGCUUGCCGCUAAGGGAAAAGUUAAGAAAGCUGAAGACGCACUAUGCUGGCUCAGAGGUUGGGUAGGACCAGGUGAAGUGAAAGCAGAGUUACAGGUCAUCUGCCAGGAAGUCCACAAACCGGCGGAAUCGCGAGAAAGGAUCUGGAAAUCGUUCAGUAAAAGGACUUUCUAUGUCCCCUUUUUCCUAAUCACGUGGGUGUUCUUCGUAGAAUCAUUUGGUGGUUCUAUAACCAUUCAGACGUUCGCGGUGGUUGUUUUCGAAAAACUGGACGCACCCAUCGACCAAUACACAGCUGCAGUGUUUCUGGGUCUGGCUCAGUUAGUGGGUACGCUGAUCUGCGUGUUCGCCAUACACUUCACUGGAAAACGGAAGUUGAACUUCCUGUCCAUCGGUGGCACUGCUUUCUGCUUUUGUGGAGCAGCCGUCUAUGGAUAUUUGAAUGAUAUCAAUGCUAUUAAGGGGAAAAACUUCAGCUGGGUGCCGACCACCUUGCUGAUUGGUUCAGCCUUUAUGUCCCAUGUUGGAAUCAGGUUGUUGCCUUGGGUACUUGCUGGUGAAGUUUUUCCUGUGAAGGUUCGAAGCAGUGCAACAGGGUUCGCCGGUUCCAUAGGCUACAUCUUCCACUCUAUAGCCAACAAGAGCUUCCUGUAUAUGGUGAAUGGUCUGUCCCUGGCCGGCACCUUCUUCUUCUACGGUCUAAUCAAUGUCCUAGGUGGCGUUGUGCUCUACUUCAUGCUGCCAGAAACUGAGGGCAGGACUCUGAAGGAAGUCGAAGACCAUUAUGCCGGUGUGCAAAGCUUGAAGAACAAACCAACGAAGGAAUCCUUGCCUAUUAAAGAAAAGUGGGCAGCCACGAAUCCAGCUGUGAUCUAUGAUGACACCGAGAGCAAGCUGUGA